UUAACAGACACUGGAAAGUGCGAACUACAAACAGAGAGAAGUCCUCCAGAGCUCGAUAAACUUCCUAUAAAUGGAAAGUACUUUGUUCACUGAGUUUAUCCCGAGUUUGCCUCAAGAACUUGGUCUUGAGUGCAUGACUCGGUUGCCUUACACGGCUCACAGAGUUGCAUCCCAAGUCUGCAAGCAAUGGCGUGAAUUACUGGAAAGCAAGGAUUUUUAUUACCAUAGAAAGAAACUGGGGUACACCCAUAAGGUUGCUUGUCUUGUUCAAGCUGCUCACAGGGCUGAUGUUUCGCAAGGAUCGAAACCAGGUAACUCGCCUAGUUUUGGGAUCACUGUGUUUGAUUCUGUGAGUCAGACAUGGCAGAGGCUUGACCCGGUGCCCAAGUAUCCAAACGGGUUGCCUUUGUUUUGUCAAUUGGCAAGCUGUGAGGGGAAGCUCGUGGUCAUGGGAGGGUGGGACCCAGUGAGUUAUGAACAGGUGAGUCAUGUUUUUGUGUAUGACUUUACAACAAGGAAGUGGAGAGAAGGGAAGGAGAUGCCAUCAAAGAGGUCCUUUUUUGCUAUUGGGGCAUAUUCGGGUCGGAUUUAUGUUGUGGGUGGGCAUGAUGAGAAUAAGAACGCGUUGAAAACCGGGUGGGUUUAUGACUUGAGCAAGGAGGAGUGGACCGAGUUGAAUCAGAUGAGUCAAGAGAGAGAUGAGUGUGAGGGGGUGGUGAUUGGGGAUGAGUUUUGGGCGGUUAGUGGAUAUAGAACCGACAAUCAAGGGGAAUUUGAGGAAAGUGCAGAGGUCUACGAAUUCAGGUCGGGUCAAUGGAGGCGGGUCAAGGAGGCGUGGAUUCCAGGGCGGUGCCCGAGAUCUAGUGUUGGGGCAGGGAAGGAUGGGAGAUUGAUGAGUUGGGCUGACUUGGACCCGGCGGUUCGGGUUGCAGUACGCGGGAUCAUGUUCGGUUUACGGGUCAUGGUUUCCGGGUCGGAUAGCCCAGGUGCACCCCAAGGGUUCUAUAUGGUGGAAAUGAAAGAUGGGCAAAAUGGGCAAUUGGAAAAGAUCAAUGUGCCUGAAGAGUUCUCUGGGUUUGUUCAAUCUGGCUGCUGUGUGGAGAUCUAAGGGAAUGCCACUUUCUGAGGCAACAAUUUUACCUUUGUGUGCCCUCAUUUUUUUUUCACUUCUUAACUUGUACCAGCUAUAGCUUUUGCCAUGCGAGGGCAUAUUUGGAAUUGCAGCUAACCGCACUGUGCUAACGCAAUCCCAAAUAAACACAAAAUUAUAUAUAUAAAGUAUCCCUCUUUACAAAA